AUGUCUUCAGUUCUCCCUCUCGCGCCGCCGCCGAAGGGCCCCUUGGGACGCUACCGACUGCUCUCCCCCACAGCUUCGGUUAGAGUUAGCCCACUCUGCCUCGGCGCCAUGAACUUUGGCGAUGCCUGGAAAUCUUACAUGGGAGAGUGCGAUGAGCAGACCACAGAGAAGAUCCUCGAUUUCUUUUAUGAGCAGGGCGGCAACUUCAUUGACACCUCAAACAACUACCAAUUUGAGGAAUCUGAGCAGCGGAUCGGAGCAUGGAUGAAGAAGCGUGGCAACCGGGAUGAGAUGGUCAUCGCGACCAAGUACACCACCAACUACCGGAGUGGCAAGGGCAACAAGCAGAUCAUGGCCAACUUCACGGGCAAUGGUGCGAAGAGCUUGCACAUGUCCGUCGAGGCCAGCCUCAAGAAGCUGCAGACCGACUACAUUGACCUGCUCUACGUCCACUGGUGGGACCACUCAACCUCGAUCCCCGAGGUCAUGCAGUCGCUGAACCAGCUCGUCCUGGCCGGCAAGGUCCUCUACCUGGGCAUCUCGGACACGCCCGCCUGGGUCGUCUCCAAGGCCAACGAGUACGCGCGCAACCACGGCCUGCGGCCCUUCUGCGUCUACCAGGGCCGCUGGUCCGCCGCCUCGCGCGACUUUGAGCGCGACAUCAUCCCCAUGGCCCGCGACGAGGGCAUGGCCCUGGCCCCCUGGGGCGCCCUCGGCGGCGGCGCCUUCAAGAGCGACGAGCAGCGCGCCGCCGCCUCCGCCAAGGAGGGGCGGCAGGUCCAGGCCUCGGACGCGCAGGUCCAGAUCAGCCGCGCCCUCGAGGCCGUCGCCAAGCGCAGGGGCACGCUGAUCACGAGCGUCGCCCUCGCCUACGUCAUGCACAAGGCGCCCUACGUCUUCCCCAUCGUCGGCGGCCGCAACCCGGACCACCUGCGCGGCAACAUCGAGGCCCUCACCCUCGAGCUCUCGCCGCAGGACAUGGACGAGAUCGAGGGCGCGGCGCCCUUCGACGUCGGCUUCCCGCAGAGCUUCUACUACGGCGGCCAGAAGCCGUCGCACCCGGCCGACGUGUGGCUGCUGCGCAUGGCCGGCCACUUCGACUACGUGGCCCUGCCCCAGCCCAUCUCGCCCCCCAAGGAUGAUGGAAACGGCCAGUAG